UUCGGGACUUGAGUGGCGCCACGUAUUAUUGCUUAACUAUAUUUUGUUUAUCAUUUGUAUUCUACUACUAAUCGUUUAUUCUGUGUGACAGAUAUACGAUACAGAAACUGAGAUAAAUACAUAAACUGCAAACAUAAUGGAGGUAUUUUAAUCUAUUGAUGUGAAUUUAGUAGAAAAAACCUGUGCUUAGAGCAUGGUGCAAAAAAUGAUAUACUUAAAAAUAAUAAAAGCAAUUAAAAACGUUUGAAUGUACUAAAUCCAACGAUGAAUCGAAUACAGAGCGCCAAUGGAAUUAAAAAUGAGCAUAAAGACAAAGCAAAAGACUGGCAAUUGGAAAUAUUGAUGGAAAAAUUGAGAUCGAAAGCUUCUCAAUGCAAAAGUCUACAAGAAAUAUCAAAAAAUGUUAGAAUGACUUUACUUGAAAAGAGAUAUGCCUCUGAUAGUGUUGAAAAAAGUCAACAUCAAAAAUGUUUAGACACUUUACAACAUUGUAUUAAAGUUACUUCAUUACAGAGCAUGGUGGAAAGAUUGGAAAGUUUAACAAGACAGUUAGGAUUAAAAUUUGUAGUAGAACCUUCAGGUGUUUUCAUUUCAUCAGAUAUGUUCUACUUGGAAAUAGUACUGGGUGCAACCGGUUCAGUAGAAGAUGUAAAAAUUCAUCACGAAGGUAAAAAGGAACAACAAAGCUGCACCGAAUUAGUAAAUUGUCUUUCUAAGGGCGAUUUCAGCGAUUUUACAGCUCAAUUGGAAGGUUUCACUUCGAUUUACCAAUUGAAUGCAGAAAAGAAGAUUAAAUGCAAAGCUUUCACAGCUUUGGAAUCGUUAGAAGCAGAUUUGAUAACACUAUCACAACUGCAAACGUUCAUAAAAGAACCCUUCAAUUUAAUACACAAAUCUCCUGUUGGUAUAUUGGAAAAAAGGAAAGGUGGUCAUCCUAUGAAGUUAACCUACUUUGUAUCUCCUUACGAUUUAUUGAAUAUAGAGAAGAAUGAAAUCGAGCCAAUUAAUAUUGAUUCAAUAAUUAAUAAAAAUUUGGGAUACAGUGUGACUGUGUGUAUGGAAGGAUCCGCAGCUCACAAAUUACAAACAACAACUUUGAUAACAGUCAACAAAAAUAUAAAUGGUAAAAGUACACCGUCUUACGCACCUGUGAAUAGUCAGAAUAGUGCUGUAAUUCCGGCAUGUUUUUUAUUGAAAUUGAAUAAACCACUCCCGAUGUGUCUUUCUUUGAUAAGAAAAAUCCAGCAAAUAUAUCCUUGGACUGAAGUAGAUAGCGCUCCAGUACAACCGAUGCUUAAUCUUAUUGUAAGCGAAUGUAGUAACAAUAAAAUGCAAUCUGCCAACAAUAAAGGACUGUUUGUUACACUGCCAGAUCAAAAUCACUGCUAUUUUAUGACAGAAAGUAAAAAUAUGGAAGGGGUUUUGGUAACCACAAUUCCUUUCACACAUCCUGCCAACGUCGCUAGUAUUUUGAUGAUAUUAAGAGAACAAGCUCUAUUCAACACAAUUAUUAGUAGUUGUGUUCGACCUAACAGCAAACAAGAUUUUGAAAAUAUGACAAUGUUUGAAGUAAGCGCCCUUUCGUCAGUUCACAUUUCCAUUUCUUUGGAGCAUCCAGUCGAGGAAAGUAUGGCGACCGCAGAGAUAGAUUUGUCUGAUAUUUCUAACGUUAUUUGCCGAAUACACAGUCCCAGUUCGUCGUCUCCUGUCCACCCUCCUCCCGACAUAGCCACCGAAUUAAGUUCAAAAAUAUUGAAUAAAUCUUUAUCAGUUCCUAUAACCCUUCGAUCUGUGAUAAAAUUAUGGGAACAGCAAUCGAUGAAAAGGAAUCAUUACGGGGGACACGAAAAUUUUAAUUUACCUCUCGGUUCUGGUGAUCCGGGAGGACCUAAAGAUCCAACUGGCACCAAUUUAGUUGAAUUCGGGGGAUUAAACGAUAAAAUCAAGCAAGAAUCUUCAGGAAAUUCUGGUCACAAUAUGAUGAUGCAAGCAAGUCAAGAUAUGUUUUUAAACGAAACUAUGAUGAGCUCAAAUUUUCCAAAUUUCCCACCUUCCGAUGGGGUACUGACGACUUUGGAACUUACUAACAUUCUUUCUGAAAAUGUGGAUAAAGAUUCCAAGCGUCAAAAGCGAAAGCACGACGAUAGCAACAAAAGUGGCAAACGGAAGGUGGGAACCGAAGAAUCUGAUAUAUUAGAAUCGUCGAGCUGCGAUUCGACAUCGAGAAGUACCCCAGUGUCACAAGAAACGGAAAUCAGAACACCAAACUCUAUUUUGGGGUUUCAUACCGACCUUGAAUUAUCUAGUUUAGAUCCGAUGGAUUUAUUGAAUGUAACCGAUAAACAUGAAGCUUUCGAAAAUUUGGACGAUUUAGAUCUGGAGGAAAUAUCAACGAAAGAUUUUAAAGGAGAAAACGAAGAAACGACUUUGAAUUUACCGAAUGACGUGGAAGAAACGAUACACGGAAUAAGUAUAACUCCUAUAACAUCGGUAAAAGAAAAAAGACCAACAUCGGAUCCACUAGUCGUUACAGAUACUCUUACUAUCACGCCAGUAAUGAAUUCAAUUAAAAAUCCCGAAGAAAAAACGAGGGAUAGGAAAAGUAAAUCGUUGAGAGACGAAAAAAAUAAAUUGGAGAAGAAAAGGAAGAGAAAACGCGACGAAAGUCCGAUGGGACCGCCAGAAAAAGUUCCCCACAAACAAGAAUUCAGUGCAAAACCUAUCGGAAUAUCUUUAAAAUCGACAGAAUCACCUCCAGCCUCGACUCCUUCUUCACCAAGUGCAGCUAGAAAAUUCAGUCCACCGGUACCGAAUCGACCGAGCUCUUUAAGUGGAAAAUUAAGUCCUAACAUGAUGAAAUCAUCCAGUAUCAAAUCGAGCUCUUCGCAUCACAGUCCCAAACAUUCCCCGGCUCACAUACCGAGCAGUCCAAAACAAAAUCUAACCGAGCUUUCCAGUCCCAAACAUCUGGGUAGUUCCCCUAAACAUCCAUCGGUAACCGGUAGCGGUAAACCCAGUAUGUCCGCGUUAAAAAACGCCGCUAAUUCACCUUCCGGUAAAAGCGGUACCGAUUCGAAAUCCAAAUGCCCCAAAGACAGUUCACGCGACAAAGAUAAAAAAACGUCCAACGCCAUUAACAUUCUCAAUCAAAAAAUCAAAACGUCCUCGAACAAAUCAAAAUCGUUAGAAUCGAACGUAAGCGAAAUGGCAAUCGAUAAUUCGUCAUCUCCGAAUAGCAACGUCGAUCCUUCUAAAAUAAAUUCGAAUCAACUUCGGAUAAAUCGGAAAGGAUCUUUAUCUGCCAUCGUCGAUAAGUUGAAAGUGAAUGCUCAACAUUGCGAUAACGCAUCGGAUUUAACCGGCAAAUCGAGCGGUAAUAAAGAUAGAACUAUAAGUAAAUUGAGCGAAUCCGGUAAGGGUAUAGUUAAAAUUGGAGACGUUAAAAAUUCCGAAUAUAUGGUCAAACCUAGUUCGGAUGGAAUGAAAAUUACCAUAAAUAAAACUAGAAGUAAAGAUAAUUCGUCGGGUAAACAAUCCGGUUUGGCUUUAGUAAAUAAAGCCAAUAGUACCAAUUCACCGAAAACACACACCGGUUUGAAACCAGGUGUUAACAGUGGACCAGCUUCAAAGAAACCGCAAGUCCAAAAAUCAACAAACUCAUAUUCUCCUAUCCCAACGAUGAAUUCCAGUAGCAACACUGCCGGUAGUGGUAGUAGCUCUAAAACUUUUUCUCCCAGUGCCAAAUCAACCUCGACCAACUAUUCGAAAAGUUCAUCGGUAUCAUCAUGCAACAGUAACAGCACAAAUUUAUCAAAAUCGAAUUCGAAAUUAACAAGCUCGCCAAAAUUAAAUUCAUCGAUUGAACUGAAUCGAUCGAAAGAUAAAAUAAAAUUCGGUAAAACUAAUUCGGAAAAAUCUCUUUUAUCAUCGUUACGCGAAAGUAGAAAAUCUAGUCCGAUUUUGAGUAGAGAAGAAGCAGAUAACGUAUACAAAAUAUCCCAAUCCACCCUUAUGGAAGGUAGAAUCAAAACGUUGGAUAAAAAUUUUCAAAUUCCCAAAUUGUCUGCUAGGAUAUCAGACGAAAAGAAAUCGAUCAGAAACGACGGUACCAAUAUAACAAAUAGGGAUAAAAUUGAUCAAAAAGUAUACGAUACAAUUUCGAAAAACGAUUCGAAAUAUCUCAUCGGAAAUCAAUUAUUUGAUAACUCAGCAGUUAGAAAUAAUUUACAGGAAAUUAAUGAAGAUAAUCAAGGGAAAAAGGAGGUUCCUCAUAAUUUAUCCACUAUCCAAGGCAGCAAGGAAGAUAACAACAGAAUGGAAUCGACAUCAAAAUUAUAUCCAGAUCCAAUGGGAUUUUCGUCGACAUUAUUAAAAAAUAUAGAUUUUACUUCAUCGAAGUUUAUUGCACCGGCGCCUAGAGAUGAACGUAAAGAUGUAAGAAAAAACGAAGAAGUAUUGGAUUUUAGCGCUAAGCCGCAACAACCUAUACCUCAGUCUCCUUCCGUUAGUGUUCAUAUAGUAAAAUCACCAGCGCCGAGUCCGUUGAUUAAUAGAAGUCCUUUAUCUGCUUCUCCGGGCAUAACUGACGACGAAUUGAUGGAUGAAGCUUUAGUGGGAAUGGGGAAAUAGGGAAGGAUCAUUUGGAGAAAUAUCUAUUAUUAAUAUUGAAGUACUUUAUUUGUAUGUUUUAUAUUAUUAUGAAUAUAUCAGUUUAUGUAAGAGAAAUAAUGAUUAAAUUUUUGUAUA